AUGCCAGUGAGACCAGAUCACCAGCAGUUGGAAAAAUGCAUCGAUGAAGCUUUAAGAAAAAAUGAUUUCAAACCUCUGAAAACUCUUUUACAAAUUGAUAUUUGUGAAGAUGUGAAGAUUAAAUGCAGCAAACAGUUUUUCCGCAAGUUGGAUGACCUGAUAUGCAGGGAACUUAAUAAAAAGGAUAUCCAAACUGUUUCAACCAUUUUGGUUUCCAUUGGAAGAUGUGGCAAAAAUAUCAGUAUAUUGGGACAAGCUGGACUUCUGACUAUGAUAAAACAAGGACUAGUCCAAAAGAUGGUUUCCUGGUUUGAAAAAUCCAAGGAGAUUAUUCUAAGUCGAGGAAAUUCAAAUGAUGUUAUAAAUAUGGUAGAAGACUUAUUUGAUCUUUUGAUGGUCAUACAUGAUGUCAGUGAUGAAGGUGAAAGACAAGUAGUGGAAUGUUUCGUACCUCGAAUUUGUGCCCUGGUUAUUGACUCAAGAGUGAAUAUUUGUAUUCAGCAGGAGACUUUAAAAAAAAUGAAUGCUAUGCUUGACAAAAUGCCUCAAGAUGCCAGGAAAAUGCUCUCUAACCAAGAAAUGUUAAUUCUCAUGAAUAGUAUGGGAGAAAGGAUUUUAGAUGCUGGAGAUUAUGAUUUACAGAUAGGCAUCAUAGAAGCUUUAUGUAGAAUGACCACAGAAAAACAAAGACAAGAACUGGCAUGUCAGUGGUUUUCCAUGGAUUUUAUUGCUAAUGCAUUUAAAGGAAUUAAAGACUCUGAAUUUGAAACAGAUUGCAGGAUAUUUCUCAAUCUUGUGAAUGGCAUGCUUGGAGACAGGAGAAGGGUCUUUACAUUUCCUUGCUUAUCUGCAUUUCUUGAUAAAUAUGAGCUGCAAAUACCAGCAGAUGAAAAACUUGAGGAAUUCUGGAUCGAUUUUAAUCUUGGGAGCCAGACUUUAUCAUUCUACAUUGCUGGAGAUAAUGAUGAUCAUCAGUGGGAAGCAGUCACUGUGCCUGAGGAAAAAGUACAAAUAUACGGCAUUGAAGUGAGAGAAUCAAAGAAGCUACUGACCAUAAUUCUGAAAAAUAUACUAAAAAUUAGUAAAAGAGAAGGGAAAGAAUUGCUUUUGUAUUUUGAUGCAUCAUUAGAAAUCAUUAAUGCAACUCAAAAAAUUUUUGGUGCAAAUAAAUAUAGGGAAUUUACCAGAAAACAAGGUAUUUCAGUUGCCAAAACAUCUGUGCAUAUACUUUUUGAUGCAAGUGGAUCACAGAUUCUAGUGCCAGAAAGUCAAAUCUCAUCAGCCGAAGAAGAAUUUGUUAGUUUAAAAGAAAAAUCUAACCCCCAAAAGGAAUGUGCUAAAUCUACAAAAUAUAUCAAAAACAGUAAUCAAGAGGACAGAAAAAAUAGUCAGCUUGAGAUAAUUACUCCUAGCAAAAGAAAAAUGUCUGAAGCGUCAAUGAUUGUUCCUGGUGCAGAUAGAUACGUUGUGAGAAGUCCAAUACUUUUGACCAACACGUCAACACCACGAAGACGAAAAAGAAUUAAACCACCACUGCAAAUGAUGAGUUCUGCGGAAAAAUCUGGUGUUUCUAAAACAUUGGAAAAUGGAGCAGAUAAUGCUAUAUCACUUAAAUCUAGAUCAUCUGAAGGAAGAUAUAGAGGAGAUAAUACAGACAAACAUAUCAAAACUGCUAAAGUUGUAGAAAAGAGAGAAAAUAAGGACACUGAGUUCCCAAACCAAAAUUUUAAUGAACUCCAGGACGUUGUUCCUGAUUCACAGGCAGUGGAAAAAAUAGAUAAAUCCAUAUUACCUGGUGUUUUAGACGUCUGUGAAAAUAAAAUGCACUCCAAAUUGGCAUGUUGGACACCUGUAACAAAUAUUAAACUAUGUAAUAACCAAAGAGCAAGUACUUCAUCAGGAGACACAUUCAGUCAAGAUAUUGUUAUCAACAAAAACCUUGCUAACCGAAAAUCAUCCUCUUCGAUAUCUGAUGAUAAUUCUGAAGAAACUGGAAAGGUGAAAUAUACGAAAGAAAUAGUGGAGCAUAACAAAAUAGAUAAAGCAGAAGUAGAAGUUUGCAAAAGAAACAAUCAACAACAGAAUCAUUCUAAAUAUUCAGAGCAGAACAAUACUGAAAACACCAAGCAGAGUGACUGGUGUAUUGAAUCUGAAACUACUUUUAAAUCAGUUCUCCUAAAUAAGACUGUUGAAGAAUCUCUGAUCUAUAGGAAGAAAUACGUAUUGUCAAAAGAUAUGAAUACUGCUAUUUGUAAUAAAAGCCAUUCUCCUAGAAAAAAUGUGAAAAGUCUUAAAAAAUCAGGGAAAGAAUGGACUUCUAAACUCAAUUCCUGGGAUUUGAAAGAAAAAAAAAUGAGAGAAGAGUCAAAAGAGAAGGGAUUUACUGAUGCAGCAGAAUCCUUGAUAAGGCAAAUUAAUAAGAGAUACAAACCAAAAGAUAACGUAAAGUCUACAAGAAAAUUAAAGGACUCUUGGAUUGAUAGUGGUUUUCCAAACAAAUCUGAUGUACAGCUUAGUAAGGAAAAGGUUCAGAAAAAAAGUUAUAGAAAACUGAAGACUACUUUUGUUAAUGUUACUUCUGAAUGCCCAUUGAAUGAUGUUUACAAUUUUAAUCUGAAUGGAGCUGAUGAACCUACUAUAAAACUUGGAAUCCAAGAAUUUCAAACUACAGCUAAAGAAGCCUACGUGGAUAAUUCAAUUAAAUUGGUAGGUUUGCAGAAUCAUGAUGAACUUGAACCUUCUCUCAAAACAAAAGAUAAAAGAAUUAUAACAAAUCAUAAAAAGAAAAAUCUCUUUAGUGAUACUGAAACAGAAAACAGAUGUGACGACAGCAAGACUGAUAUUAGCUGGCUAAAAGAACCAAAAUCAAAACCACAGCUAAUAGACUAUAGUAGAAAUAAAAAUGUGAAGAAACAUAAAAAUGGGAGAUCAAGACCAUCCUUGAAAAAGGGACAACCAAGAUCUAAAAUGACAUCUAGUAAAAACAUCACCAAAAAGGUAGACGAGGCAGUUCCAGAUAGGAGAACCAGACUUCCACGAAGAGCAGCAAAAACUAAAAAAAACUAUAAGGAUCUCUCAAACUCGGAAUCAGAGAGUGAAAAAGAAUUUUCACAUUCAUUUAAAGAGGAAUUGCUAGUAAAGGAGGAGAAUAUUCAUUCCAGAACCGCAACCAUAAAGCUGCCAAAAAAACAAAAGAAAGUCUCCUCUACUGAAAUACCAAAGGAACUACCAAAAGAACGGAAAAACUCAUCUCUACUAAAAAAUACUUUAAGAGUUAAUAGCCUUGAUGUAUCUCCUGUGUCUUUAUCUGGGAGUCCAUCAUCUAUAGAAGGAAUGAGAUGUGUAGAGAAAAUAACAGAAAGGGAUUUUACUCAGGAUUAUGACUAUGUAACAAAAUCUAUAUCACCUAAUGCAAAAACUUCAUCACCUGAAUCCUUAAACAGUAACAAUGGAGUUGGAGAUCCAAUAAAGUCACCCCAAAAUAAUGAGAAGAACUUACUAUGUACAGGUGACAGUUGCUCACCAAUUCCACAACCACUCUUUUUGCCCAGGUAUACUUCAACUAAGAAUAAUAUCAUUGUGAAUAAAAAAAAUAUAACUUCAGUGGCACUUACACAAGAAACACAAAACUGCACCAGCUGUUCAGAUGUAAGCAUUUAUAAUUCAGAAAAACAGUUUAUGGAAAUUGAAUUUCCAAAUAUCAGUGAAAAUCAUAUACAAAGCAAAAGAGAGCAAAGCCAUUCAGCAUCUCCAUUAUCCAUGUCUAGUGAAGGAAGAGAGGAAAUAUGGUUUGACACACCCUGUGACACUACUUAUAUAUCAGGCCACAUUGAACAUGUUAGUCGCAAACGAAUGUACAUAGAAGAUAAUCUAAGUAAUUCCGAUGAAGUAGAAAUACAAAAGGAAGAAGAAAGGAGAGCAAACUUGCUUCCCAAAAAACUGUGUAAAACCAAAGAUGCGGAUCAUCACACCUACAAAAUGUCUGAAAGUAUAUCUCCAUUGUCAACAAAUGAUUUUUCUAUUCCUGUGGAGAAGUGGGACAGUGAAAUUUCAAGUGUAGUGAUUGGUGAGAAGCUCAAUUCAGAAUUGCAGAGAAAAAUUAAUAUCCGACAUAAAAUGGUGGAUUAUUUUACUAAGCAAUCUUGGAAAACAGCUCAGCAGCAUCUGAAAACAAUGAACCAUCAAAUUCAGGAGUAUAGGAUUAAAAAGCUUGAUGAAUUCCAACUUGUAAUCCUAGAGGAGAUGGAGAAUUUUGAGAAAGAUUCACAGUCUUUAAAAGAUUUGGAGAAAGAAUUUGUGGACUUUUGGGAAAAGAUAUUUCAGAAGUUCAGUGCUUAUCAAAAAAGUGAACAGCAGAGGCUUCAUCUUUUGAAAAUUUCUUUGGGUAAAAAUGUCUUCUAUAACACCGAAUAUGAAGAAACUAUUUUUACAUCUGAGAUGUGUUUGAUGAAAGAAAACAUGAAAGUGCUGCAAGACAGGCUUCUUAAGGAAAUGCAAGAAGAGCAGCUUCUUGAUGUACGCAGAGGACUGAUGUCAUUAUUCAUGGCUCAUGGAAGAAAUGUUAAUGUGUGA